GUGAGACAAGCGCUCAAAGACCCUCACUGGAAAAAUGCUAUGGACGCCGAAUUUCAGGCUCUUCAGCAUAAUGAUACCUGGGAGCUUGUUCCCCGUACUCAUCAAACGCCUAUUCCAUGCAAGUGGGUUUUUCGUAUUAAACGUCAUCCCGAUGGCUCUAUUGCUCGCUACAAAGCCCGUUUGGUUGCUAAGGGAUUUAUGCAACAAUAUGGUCGUGAUUAUUUUGAUACGUUCAGUCCGGUUACAAAACCCGCAACUGUUCGUAUCAUAUUGAGUAUUGCCCUGUCCCGUCACUGGCCGCUUCGUCAACUUGACGUAAAUAAUGCCUUUUUGCAUGGUACGUUGCAUGAGGAGGUUUUCAUGCUUCAGCCACCCGGUUAUAUUAAUCCAAAUACUCCAAACCAUCUGUGUCGACUAAAGAAGGCUUUGUAUGGCCUUAAGCAGGCUCCCCGAGCUUGGUACUUGGAGCUUUCUGGUUUUCUUCUAUCUGCCGGCUUUCGGAAGUCCCGUGCAGACGCUUCCUUGUUUAUUUACUCUCGUGGAUCUAUUUUAUUAUAUUUUCUUGUGUAUGUGGAUGAUAUUGUUCUCACAGGCAAUAACUCUCAAGCUUUGGAUCACUUUGUCAAAAAGCUUACUACUAGGUUCUCGGUGAAAGAUCUCGGCCCUUUGCAUCAUUUUUUGGGGAUUGAGGUCAUCCCAACAUGCUCUGGUAUUUUUCUUUCUCAACAACAGUAUAUAAGACACAUUCUGGAAACCUGCUGCAUGGAUGGGUCCAAGCCGGCCAGUACUCCUAUGGCUCCCACACCACCAUUAGUAUUAAGUGAUGGUUCUCCUGCUGCCGAUAGCUCUGAAUACCGGAAAAUCUUGGGACUUCUUCAAUACCUAGCAUUUACUCGUCCGGAUAUUUCAUUUGCGGUCAAUAAACUUUCCCAAUUUAUGCAUGCUCCUACGGACACUCACUGGCAAGCGGUUAAGCGGGUCCUUCGCUAUCUCAAGGGUACUAUGUUUCAUGGUCUCUUUCUUCGUCGAGGUACUCCCCUUCAAUUAUCUGCAUUUUCCGACUCUGACUGGGGAGGGGUUCAUGAUGGUGGUCGCUCAACUACAGCUUAUGUGCUUUAUUUUGGCUCUAAUAUUAUCUCAUGGAAAUCGGCAAAACAAAAAUGUGUUUCUCGUUCUUCAACUGAAGCGGAGUACCGGGCUCUUGCUAAUGCAACUGCUGAAUUACUUUGGGUCCAAAACUUGUUAUGUGAACUUGGUAUCUCUCUCUCUCGGCCUCCACUUCUUAUGUGUGACAAUCUUGGUGCAACGUUUGUUUGUGCAAAUCCCGUGUUCCACUCUAGAAUGAAGCAUUUGGCCCUUGAUUAUUUCUUUGUCCGAGAGCUAGUUGAACGUCAUCAACUUCAUGUUCGACAUAUUUCUACCAAACAUCAAGUUGCGGAUGCUCUUACUAAACCACUUGGGCGUGUCGCAUUUAAUCUCUUCCGAUCCAAGAUGGGUGUCUCCGAUGGAUCCUCCAUCUUGCGGGGGCGUAUUAAACAAUAAUUAUUAUCAUAUUUUCCCUUGUAAUUAUCUCCUUAUUCUCUCGUAAUUAUCCUUUUAUUACUCUUGUUAUUAUCUCAUUAGACUCCUUGUAUAGCUAGACUACUUGUAUAGCUUGCUCUCUGUAACUAUAAAUGUAACUCCAUACGUAUGGUUAAUGAUAUCAAGUUAUUCCAUCAUCUCACUUCUUAUAUUUAUAUGGGGGUUUUCAUAUAAAAAACUUCAAGACAUUAUAAAUGCUCAAAAUUUUGGGCGGUGAAGCUUCACCAAUAAAUCCGCCCUCAGGUAGGAUGCAGUGAUAGAUAUAAAUAAGCAAACAUUUAGUUUUCUUAUUCUUAAAAUUUUAGAAAUGAUCGAUAUUUUAUCAAGACCAAGUGCAAUAGUGCAAUGAGUAACAAAAGGUUUCCAGCUAGAUAAAGAACUAACACGAAACUAUAGUUUUGAAACAAAAUUGAAAUACCAAAAGCUCAUAGUUAAAUUUUGGAAAUAAAAUUGCAAGACAUGUGAGGAACAACUAUCUUCAGAAUAUGUUAAAGUUAAUUAGAGUACACAGAUCAAAGAGUCUUUAUUUUCUAAUAUGGAAUGCAUAAGUUAACUCAAAGAAGGGUUUGGUAAUUUUUUUUAUUCCUUACGCAUAAAGUAGUCUUUUUAGAAAAGCAAUCUUUUGAGUUGCUUUCCUAUUUUUCAAAGAUCUACAAGUCUAAAACAAAUAAAAAUAAAUGAAUCAAAGGCGUAAUAAUCAUAAAGAAUGUUCAAUAAAAUAGAAAAAAAUGUUGUAGAAAUUGCCCUGAAUAGGAGUAAAAACGUUUUGAGAUUCCAAAAUAGUACCUUAUGUUUUUAUUCACUAAAUAGGAGUAAUUUCUGCAAUGUUUGAAAAAAACUGCCAUGUUUAAAGCCGGGCAAUGCCAAACUUGGCAAAAAUUAAUCCUAUUUAUGGAAUAAAAACAUGGUGGCAGUCCUAUUUUGGAAUUUUAAAACUUUUUUACUCCUAUUUAAGGAAUUUUCCCAAAAUGUUACUGUAUGGAAAAUUCCAAAAUCAUUGUAUGAUGAAAAACCAGAGUAGAUGAUUAACUUGGAACAUGUGGUACUUUGUCCAAUGGAACAAAUUGAUUUCUCAAUCUGAACCAGAAUCUGAAGCAAAAAAAACCUGUGAAGGUCAAUUCGAACAACCUCUAAGUAGCAAUAGAAAAAACAAACAAAAUCGAUUUCAACAUUGAAAAAAGCACGAUAGAGAAAGAGAAAAUGUUCUGGGAAGAAGAAUAAGAUUUUACUGGAAUAUUUUUUAUUUUUUUUUUAUUUGUUUUUUUAAAUAAGGAAAUUUUAUUAAAAGGAAUCUCGAGAGUACAAUAAAGCUAAGAAAAGAAAAUAAAGCUAAGAAAAGAAAAUAAAGUAAAUAAAAACGAACAAAUAAGAGAGAUGCCCAACCCAGAGUAAGAAAAAAAACCCUCCUUAAAAACCCGGUGUAAAAAACCACAACCCUCAGAAUAGUCUUCAAAGACCCGCUCGUGCUUGAGAUCUUGUCCUCAUAAGAUGUGAUCUCUGAUUCUUCUUUUUGUACAUUCUCUUUUGAGUAUUCAAGUUUUGAGUGGGUAAACAAUUUUCUCGUGUAACAAGCAAUGCUUUUUGACAAAUAACCUCAUUUGCAUCAUAGUCCCAAAGAUCACUCACCGUCGAAAUAGGAACCCUCUUCUCAUUUUCUGAGACAUGACCAAGGAAUUCAUUAGGGCUGGGACUUUGGAACCAAGAACCGGAGAACCGAACCGGACCGAACCGUUAUGACCCGGUUCGGUUCGGUUCCAACAUUUAUUAGUUAUUUUUUAACGGUUCGGUUCCUAUUUUUUAUUAAUGGUUCGGUUCUCGGUUCCUGAAAAAAAUAUGUACUAGGAACCGUUAAAGAACCGUUAUAUAUAAUAAUUAAAAUUAUAUAUAUUUCUUAUGAGUAUAUAUAUUUUUAUGUAUAUUUACUUACUUAUUUUUAUAUUACAUUCAUUGUUUUAGUUUAGUUAUUCAACUAUUUAAAACUAUUAUUCACUUCAACCGGUUCUCUUAGGCUUCUUAGGCCUCUCAUUAGGUCAGAACUUCAGCGGGUCGGAACUUUGAAGGUCCAAAGUAUUUAAAAUUAUUAUUCUAUUUAACUGUUUAAGCAUAUUUGUAUCGUAAUUUCAAACGUAGAAUGUCUUUUUGGCAAAAAUUUAGUCAUGAUUUGUAAGAAUUUUUUUGAAGACUAGGAACCGUUAAAUGACAAGAACCGAACCGUUAAGAACGGUUCGGUUCCUUAUCGGUUCUAUAAAAUAAUUUAUAAGAACCGAACCGUUAGUAAAAUUUCAUAUUUUCAAACGGUUCCACAUAUUUGGCCUAGGAACCGAACCGGUCCCAGGCCUAGAAUUCAUCACCUGAAAGAGUAGAGCAUGAUUCUCCAAAAGCCUUUUCGAACUCAUCAUUGCCAGUGAAACCUGUAUUUGCAUAGUCCCAAUCAGAAACCGCAAGAUCACUUAAAGCAUUGUAAUACCCUCCUUUCUCAUUCUUAUCAACAUGCUCCGAAUUCUUCUGUGUCCUAGAAGAUUUCCCUUCAAUAGUGGCUUUCAAUCUCAAACUGUCAAGGUUAUCCAAAGUAGAGACGAGAAGUCUCUCAAAUUCACGGAGUAGAAAAUGAGAGAGUGAUUCCACCCCAUUUGUUAAGGUUGCCUGAAAGAAUUCCUUAAGAUUUUCAACAGAAUCGGGAGUAUGUUCAACGCCCUGCACCUCAUCUAAAGUAACCAAAUCCAAAGAAUGAUGGGAAGAAUUUAAAAACUCAAUAUCAGCUUGUAGUAAAGCGCCCGAAAUGGAAGUUUCGGGUUCAUAGUUAUUCCCAUUAGGCAAAAAUUCUAAUACAUUAUUGCCAAUCAUCUCAUCAUUCUUACUUGAAAUAAGUUCAAGUGCUAAUGUUUUUUCACCUAUUUCCUUCAACAAAUCAAUUGCCCUUGUAAUUCCUUUAAGAAAAAGAUCAAUCCCUUGUCCAUUCCGUCCCUCUGGAAUAAAUAAAGAAUCUUUUCCCUUUUCAAUGAUUCGGAUAAAGCCACCAAAGUGAUUUGCAUCAUAGAGAACUAUAAGUGAUUUAUUCAGCUCUAAUUUAACGGAAGACCUGUUAUCACCAAAAAUCUUGAGCAUGGAGCUCUUUAACCAUGUAAUCCCAGUAACAUCAAAAUCAAUUGCAGAGGUAAUUCCUUUCUUUGUUUCAGAAAUACGAAGCUUAUUGCAGUCCAGAACUUUAAAUUGGAAAAUUUUACUUUCAAUCAAGACAACAAACUUAUCUGUCCCAAAGUUUCGUCCCGUUUCUGCCUGAUUCAACAACUGCUUACCACACACCAAGUCACUUGUGUUUCUCUGUUGUGGUUUUGAAGAUUUCCGAACCCACCGUUUCCGAGGCCACAUCCACGACCUCCAAACCAUGAAUCAUGAGUCCGCCCAGCAAAGUCUUGUUCGCAGUUCUGCAGAAAGGGCCGCCGCGCAUGGUAGCCGGAGAAGACCGUGUCUCGCUUCCCUGAUUGGUGCCAGACGACUGGAGGCCUGACUCGUUCACGGUUGAAAGCCGGCCUUUGCUUGCGACUCUGAGAUCCCAAUUGCGAGCAUCUAAAGCAUCUUCUAUGGCUGGUCCCCUUCGUCCAACUAAUUCGUUCCAAAGGAGAAACGUCGAUUAGCCGAUAAUCGAUAAUCGGGAGCCGCCCUACCCAAUUGCCAGAUCCCAUUUCCAUCUUCGAGCCGCCCUCACAUCUCCAAGAUCCCGUCGACGAUUAAUCACUUUUUCACCAAAUCCAGAUUUUACUGGAAUAAUAUACGGAGAAACGAUCAACUUUGAAGGAAGAAACAAUCUCUUUUUUCGGAUGAUUUUCACUCAAAUGACUUCGGGUAGAUGAAGAGCCAUAUCCUUUUUUCUGAUAAUUUCAUGGCAAAUGACUCCUGAUAGAUUUCUGCAGAUAAGUAUCUUCUUUUUGAGAAAAUCAUGUUGUUGACGACACCAACAAACUUGAGGAACUCCGAUUUGGGAAGAAGAAAGGAGGAAGGAAAAUAAGUCGAAGAAAAAAGUAGAAGUCGCGAGUUGAAAGAGUAUUGGAAACGAAAGGGAAAGGUGGAAGUAAAAGAUCGGAAGAAGAGCUGUAAUGACUUACAAAGUAAAGAGAUAGGCGGAAGAAGAUGGACAGAUGCGUCAAAAGAAAAGAGAAUUACAAAGGAAAGAGAUCGAUGAUGUUAUAAAGCGAAAGGUUAAGAUCUUUUUAGAUGAACGGUGCAGAUGCAUUUGUAUUGCUAUUAAUUAUAAGGAUUACAUCUAUCUAAGAAAAUUAACUAAUUACACCAAAAGUGUGUAAUUUUCCAAACAACAACAAAUAAAACUAGUUAAAAUAGAAAUAAUACAUGAUAAAAAUACAACUCUAUCAUUGCCGGAGCGGUCUGCCGCUGCGCGUCCCCAGAGCGGUCUGCCGCUGCGUUUUGCCGGAUUGGUCUACCGCUGCUCAUCGCCGAAGUGUUCGUUGAGUCUUCUUCGAUCUUCUUCUUUUCUGCUCUUCUUCCUUUCUUACGCCGGACUUCUCUUUCCACCCUUCUUCCUUUCUUACGUCGGACUUCCUUUCUUAUUGUCUUCUUUCUUCCACCCUUCUUUUGUGCGCAGAUCUACUUUUAUUUUUUGUUGGCUUAGAAAUUCAAUUCGUUUCCGAUCUGUUGAUUGCUUUCCCCUGUUCAUUCCUUUUACUUUUGUUUCUUCUUC